AAAAAAAGAAAAACAAAAUAACAGAGGAAAAGUCAUCCACGAAAUUUUCUGUUCUUCUCCAUUGUUACGGCAAAAGUUUUUAAUUCUAAUUAAAUUUAUACAUUUUGCGAUUCCUUUUUGAUCCCUCCUGAAAAAUAUAACACCUUUCAUCACAAUAAAAAACAAUCGCAAGCUCUCAAUGUGUAAAUUGUGAAACGUCUCCAUUGUCCAUCAUUUGUGUGUGAUAUCAAUAAAUUAUAAUUUUCUUUUUUCUUUUUUUCAUUUGUGAUUUUAUCGCCCUACGCUUCUUGUCCACCCCUUUAGAAAAUAAAAAGACACAUUCCAUCUACGUAGAGAGAAAGAAAUUCACGAUACGUAUUAAGUUAUUAGUCUUCUUCGAAUUUAUUUAUCUAACUUGUAAAAUCGCAGUCCGCAGCGCUAAAUUCUAAUUAGUCAAGAUGGAUAUGCAUCCAGUUGAGAAUGGGCUUACGGAAAUUGAUUUCCAGCGCCUGGCGCAGACAAUCGCCACCAGCAUACAAAAGAUUUUGCAAAAUGUUUCAACAAUGCAACGGAUGGUUAAUCAAAUAAACAGCCCACAAGAUUCGCCUGAUUUGAAAAAACAAUUGCAUCAAAUUAUGACCUACACGCAUCAGCUGGUCUCUGAUACCAACAAUCAAUUGAAGGAAGUCGAAAAGUGCAAAGAGCGUCAUUUGAAGAUUCAACGCGAUCGACUUGUGGAUGACUUCACUUCGGCGUUGACAUCUUUUCAGGCUCUUCAACGCAAAACAGUUGACAUUGAAAAGAACGCCGUUCGACAGGCGAGAGCAAAUAACUAUAACAUAGCUAAACCACCUGGGUCAAAUAGUAAUGGGAGCGCAGGCAGCAAUGGCAGUCAAAAUAACAAAUCAUUCUUUGAGGAUAACUUUUUCAAUCGCAAAGGUUCACAGAAUCAACAACAACAAACUCAAAUGCAAGAAGAGAUCGAUUUACAAGCCUUAGAGGAACAAGAACGUGCAAUUCGUGAAUUAGAAGAUAAUAUUGCUGGUGUAAAUGAAAUCUAUAAGAAACUCGGUGCUAUGGUCUACGAGCAGGGAUUGGUUGUUGAUUCGAUUGAAUCUUCAGUGGAACAAACAAGUGUAUUCGUUACAUCAGGUUCAGAGAAUCUUCGCAAAGCUAGCCAGUACAAGAACAAAAUCCGCAAGAAGAAGCUUAUCUUGCUGUCCAUCCUACUUGCAAUUUUCAUAGUUAUUGUUAUAAUUAUUUCAAUGAAAUUUUCAAAUUAGUAGUAGAAAAUAUAAAUUAAAAAAAUCUCUUAAAAGGGUGAUGAGAAAUCGCAAACAAAAGACGUCCUUUUUUUGAUCCCUUUAAAAAAGAAUGAACAAAGAUAACUAAAAAUUCAAUACACUCCAACAACAAAAACAGAACAACAACACGAAACAUAUUUUACUAAAAGCAAAGAAUAGAACUAGAAAACAAAAAAAGCAACAACUAGAAACAUUCAAUUAUAAUGAUUGUGGUGAACACAGGAAUUUAAACAUUUAAAUUAUAUUCCCCUGGGUACCUAUUAUUUAUGUAUGUUAAAAAUUUAGUUUUAUAUUUAAGCAAAACAAAAAUAAGAAACAAAAACGCAUGUAUGUAUAAAAUUAUUCUUCUAAAGAUAAACAAAAAACACUAACAAUUUAAUGAUUUUAUCGUCCCCAUCCCUACCUAAAAACUUUCAUCGAAAACCGCUUGAAUGAAAGUAAAAUAAAAAUAAGUUUGUAGUCGGUUACUCAUUCACACUUUGUUGCUGGUGAUGUGUGCGAUCUAAUUAUAAAUAAAAUAUCAACUUUAUUAAUUUGUAAAUUACAUUAUAUUAUUAUUAUGAUUAUUAUUAUUAAAUAUUCCCCCUCACGUUUAAAGUAAAUUUUGACAACAAAGAAACAAAAAAAUACUUAUUUUGAUUUAAUUUUAAGAACACAAAAUGAAAUAACAACAAGAUUUAUGUUGAACGUGAAAACUAUAAAGAAUUAUUAUAAAAAUUAAUCUCUAACAAAAACAAAAAAAAAAAACAAAUACAAAAAAUUAUUGAGAAUAAAAAGAAAACCUACCAAAUUCAAAAGAAAUCA